AUGAGAAGCGACACUCCCGGCUCGGCAAACAGGCAGAUACCGCUCCUCUGCACCGUCUGCCCCGAAACGCCGCGCUUCUCCGACGUGUCACACUUGCUGACGCACAUUGCAUCCAAAGGCCAUCUUCAUCAUGAGACUCAGACCAGGCUCAAAUCCCACCAAGAUCUCGAAGCCUCUGUCGUUAUGGACCAGUACGAGAACUGGUACAAGGAUAAUGGCAUCGAGGCUCUCCUCGUCGAGAGGAUGAAGGCGAAGCAGCUGAAAGAGGCUGCAAAGACCCGACGCGCCCGAGGAGUCACUCCCUUCCCUGCACCCAAGACGAAGCGAAGGACGAAGCGACUGGGCAGCGGCACGGCUGUCAAAUCCGAACAGGAGGAGUUUGCCCAAGAAUAUCCACUGUUCCCCGGAUUCUUUGCUUCUGACUACGAUGCCGAGCACCAAGACGACCUCUUCCCCAGCAAUGACACGCUGUCACUCAAGGGUCAAGUCUGGCCAGGUAUGGGCAAGAUGGACCUUGCCAACGAGGACAUGAGGCGAACUCGCAAUCAGCGCAAGCCCAACUCUGUCAUUGAGAAGAUGCGCAGGGUUUCUGAGGGUAUUGAGCCUACACAGGUUGUCAUGACCUCGGACUUCGAAGUUGAAAGGGUCAAAGGCGUAUACGAUGGCUCAUCGCCGAUCCCUGGCCAGGAAGAGGAGGAGACACCCAAGAAGGCAGGCAAGCCCAAACGGAAAAGAACCGAAGCGCUGGCAGAUAUCUCUGCCAACGUUCCUCGCGGCGCCAUCCGACGCCCAGGCCGCAGCACUUUGGCGAGGAGCAACAGGGUACCGCACAUCCAGCUGGAAUACGAUUGCGACACAAGCUCCGAGCAAAGCCCGUCUCUCGGCGGCUUCCGAAACGGCCACGAUAUUUUUCAAGACGAUGAUGGGGGCCCCGGGAUUUACGAAGACCGCUCCUUUGCAACGCCGACUCAUCAAGACCGAAAGUUUGAUACGCGUGAUCGACUCGGGCUGCAUGCGCUCAACCCGAUAUCCCACUCGAAUGUGGUGUCACCAACCCCUUCCAGAGAUCUUUCAACUCGCUCUCUUGCAAAUGUCGAGACAUCGUACGGGCUCACUGAUGCGACCAUGUAUGGCGGUUCCGCGAGGCUUUCAUUUGCUGGCAACAGCCACUUCGGCGCCCUUUCUCAAGACAAUUUUCGCCUGAACCCCAACAACCUCCCGCAAGCCAAACAUGGGGACUAUUCGUCUGGAGCAGGCGACUCACUGUCCAACCCAGGCAACAAUCAGUUCCUCACCAUGUCCGAGUCGAAUCCACUCUUCUCCCAUGAUCGAAUGUUCCUCACUUCAUUCAGUCAGCCGCACACAAGCCAAGCAAUGUCCUCGUUUAGCUUCACUCCGAUUAACCGCGGUCGAGACCACAGUCGCGCAGUUCACGAUCACGAGCAACGCGCAACUGGACCCAACAUUAAGGUUGAGGCUCAUAUGUGCGACGAUAUCGAGAAUACCCCCUCGAGCGACGUUAAGCAAUCCACCUUUACCUUGAACGGCAUAUGGGAUGCGCAGCCUACGGAUAACGGCGUUGAGUCUCACGAAGACCUUGGCGAACAAGAGCUGGACAUCUAA